ACUUCCCUUCAAUCCCAUCCUUUUUUUUUUUUUAAUAUUCAUCCAAUCUUUGUUCUUUUCCUGUUCGGAUUUUCUUCCCCCUAUCCCUAUGGAGCUUCAAUUAGGCCUCUCUCUAAUCCCCGCCAAGCCCUUCGACCUAAACAACUCCCUUCUCCUUCACGACACCGCCUCUUGUCUCGAUUUGACCUCCACCAUUCGCAAGAAGCGCCCUCUCCAUGUCGACCCCUCUUCGGCAUUUCGUCGAACACUUCCUCUGCUUCUCUGGAACGACCAUCCCAAUAAUGGCGAUGACGAUGACAACGAUCCCCAUUCCGCCUCGAAUGAUUCAGACGAGGACGAAGAUGAAGAGGAUAAUAGGCUUGUGGGGUGGCCGCCACUUAAGAAGAGGAAGACGAGGUCUUUGAUGCAGAAGCGCAGAGGACGGGGACGGCCAGCGGUGAAUGGCGGCGGGUUGAAUUGGAAUUCGAAUUCGAGGUACGUGAAGGUGAAGAUGGAGGGAGUUGGGAUUGGUAGGAAGGUUGAUUUGAGCCAAUACCAUUGUUUUGACCAACUUAGAGCCACUUUGAUGAAGAUGUUUGAUAAGAUGGACCCCGACAGUCACAGACUCACUUACCAGGAUAUCGACGGUGACUGGUUACUUGCCGACGACGUAACUUGGAGGAAUUUCAUCGGAACCGUACAACGGAUCAAAUUGGAGAAGAACCGUGGCUGAAUGAGGGGUUACCGGCGUCGGCGGUAGGAGAAUCAGAUGCCAUCUAACUGAAAAAUACAUUUUUUCCCGUUUUUCUUCUUUAGCCCUUGAGGUUUUAAUGACUGUAUGUGUUAUAAUAUAUGGAUAAAACUUCAGCUAUGACUCGGUAACUUUUCUUUUUAACCUGGUUAACUUCAGUGUU